AUGACAUCAAUUACACCAAUGAGUAGUACAACAAGAAGUAUGCCACAACGUGAACAAAUGCUUAUUGAUGCAUUUAAUAGUUAUAUACAAAUUGGUAUUGGCAGUCUUUUAUUUCUAUUUGGUGUUACAUUUAAUUGUUUAAGUUUACUUUAUUUUCAUGUAUCACGUAGUUUUCGACAUACAACAUUUAGACUUUAUUUUUCAAUAAUAUCAAUACUUGAUACAAUACGUUUAUUUGAAUUUCUUAUUUUUAUUUUAUUUGAUAAAGGUUAUCUUAAAGUAACAUUAAAUUUAUGUCGUUCAAUAUUUUUUACUAUUAUGUUUACUGGACAGGCUAGUAUAUGGUUAACAGUUGGAUUAGCUGUUGAAAAAUGUAUAAUAAUAUGGUUUCCAAUAAAAGGUCGUUUAUUUUUUACAAUGUGUAUAUCAAAAUUUUUUCUUAUAUUAACAUUAUUAAUUGUAUUUUUUGCUGAUGUUAUUUAUCUAUUACCAAGUUUUUUUUUACAUGCAUAUGAAAAUCUUUCAAUUCAUACAUUUAUGUGUGUUUGGCAAAGUGAUAAUCAAUCAUCAAUACAUGCACAUGAUCAAUGGAAAAAACAUUAUUUUACAUUUAAUACAGUUUUUUUUCAUUCAAUUAUACCAUCAAUAUUAUUAUUAACACUUAAUUGGUUAAUAUUAUGUAGUUUAUCAAGACAACGUAUUAUAUUAACUAAAAUUGGUUCAAUUGAUGCUAAAAAUAUUCUUAAACGUGAAAAACAAUUUAAAGAAAAAACAAUUCAACUUGUAUUAUCAUCAUUUUUUGUUAUUAUAACUAUAUCACCAAGAUAUAUAUUAACAAUGGUUAAUGCAUUUGCAACUAAUAUUAAAAAAACUCCAAUUAUGCCAUUAUAUAUUUAUGUUAAUUUAAAUACGGUUUUUCGUGUUCUUGAAAUGUGUAAUUAUUCAUUAAAUAUUAUUAUUGCUAUAAUGAGUGGUCGAACAUCACGUCUUGAAAUUCGAAAAUUACUUUGGGAAAGUCUUUUUUGGAGAUUUAAACGUACACAAUCUGAUCAUCAUGAAUUAAAAUUUAUUAAACAUUCAUUUUCAGUUGAUGAUGAUGAUGAUGAUGAUAAUAGAGAACAUACAACUAAAGGACAUACUAAUAAAUCUUAUUGUUCAUUAACUCAUCAUAAUCAUAUAAUAUCUAAAAUAAGUUCGGGAAAUAAUUCAAAACAAAAAUUUCGAACAUCAAAAGCAUCAUCAUCAUCAUCAUAUUUUACUUGUUGUGGUUUUACUAUUGAUUUAUCACAUAAACAAACAUAUUCAUCAAAUUCUCGAAUAUCACCACCUCAUUCUUCAAUAAAUAAAAAUUCAAAUCGUUUAUUAACAAAAACUCAUUCUUAUCCUCAAACAUCAUUAAUAAAAAAUGAUCGAAAAUUUAAACAACAACAACAACAACGUAGUAUUUCUUGUCGAACAACUAAUAAAUCUCGAACAACAACUCCUAUACAUUGUUUAUAUAAUACAUCUUCAUCAAAAAUAAUAACACGAACUAAUAAUUCAUUAAAUCCUAGAAUUCAAUCAAAAGAAAAUCAAAAUAUUAAUUUUGAAAAAUUAUCACCUAUUAUUGAUAAACCUUUUAUCAAACGAGAUGAAUCGAAAACAAAUAUUAAUUUAUUAACAGAAUCUCCAACUAUUAUACAAACUGAUUUUAAUGAACCAUUACCACCAGCUUAUAUCAUCGAAACAUGUUAG